GUGAGUGGUGGACCAGGGCUUUUGAGCUGCCUGCCAUCUCAAAACCCAGCUGUGAGCCAGCGUGGUGGGGGCUGUGCCUCCGCCGCCUGCAUGGAAGCCAGGAGCUGGGCUCUCAGAGGGCAUCUGUGCCCACCGGGCAGCAUGUUGCUGGCCUUUGCCUCUCUGCUCGGCUGCCUGCUCACCUCCAGCCAAGCCAGGGUCUACAGUCGCUGCGAGCUGGCCAAAGUGCUCCAGGAUUUCGGCAUGGAGGGAUACCGGGGAUACACCCUGGCUGACUGGGUCUGUCUUGCAUACUUCACAAGUGGCUUCAACACAGCUGCCGUGGACCACGAGCCUGAUGGGAGUACUAACAACGGCAUUUUCCAGAUCAACAGCCGGAAGUGGUGCAAAAAUCUCAACACAGAGGUCCCCAAUGUGUGCCAUAUGUACUGCUCUGACUUGUUGAAUCCUAACCUUAAGGAUACUGUUAUCUGUGCCAUGAAGAUCACUCAACAGCCCAAAGGUCUGGCCAGUUGGGAGGCCUGGAGGCGUCACUGCCAGGGCAAGGACCUCACCGACUGGGUGGAUGGCUGUGACUUGUAG